CCACACCCCCCCCUUCAUCCACCAAACCACUGCCUCCAUCAUGAACCACACCCCCAGCCCCCACCUGUCGGACGGCGGUAAGUCGGCCGGAGGCGGCCUGCUGUGCAGCCUGGGCCUGGGGUCCGACAGGGGGAUCCGCUCCCCGGACAGCCUCACCCACACCCCCAGCCCCACCGGAGAAACGCCCAGCUCCAGCCCCCCGCUGCUUCUGUCCCCGGGGCUGGGAGGCUUUGGCCUGGGGUCCCUGGGGGCCAUGGGCGAGGGAGCCGGGGCCGACUGGGAGAGCAGGGAGGAGCUGAGGCUCCGGGAGCUGGAGGAGGCUCGGGCCAGAGCCGCCCAGAUGGAGAAGACCAUGAGGUGGUGGUCGGACUGCACCGCCAACUGGAGAGAGAAGUGGAGCAAGGUCCGCGCCGAGCGUAACCGCGCGCGCGACGAGGUGCGCCAGCUGAGGCAGCGGCUGGACACCCUCACCAAGGAGCUGACCAGCGUUCGGCGCGAGCGGCAGGAACUGGCCUCCGAGAACGAGACGCUGCGGCUGGAGACGCUGCGUCUCCACGGCGGCCAUGCCGCCGUCGACGCUCCCCCUCCGUCGGCCACUUCUCCGUCCUCCUCCUCCUCCCCGGCACACCCUCGCGGUGGUGCUUCCUCCUCCUCCUCUCCAUCCAUACCUCCCUCCUCCCCCGCCUCCUCCGCCUCCUCCUCUCAGGUCCACGCCGACGGGAAGCUGGACGGGGUGGACCGGGUGGGGGAGGGACCCCCGGGGUCUCCAGAGCCAGAGCCGGUGAGGGACGUGGACUUGGACAGACAAAAAAUGGCUCAACAAAAGGACCUGGAGGUGCUGGAGUCGGUCCUGCGUUCCCGGGCCCCGGACGGCGACACGCAGGAGGCCUGGGCAAUCACCUCGCGCUCCUCCUCGGGUCCCAGCCGGCAGGAACGCAGCAGGCAGCUGUGGGAGGACAUUAGCACGGUGGAGGAGGACUCCAGCAGACUCAACGCCCUGCAGCUUCGCCUGGAUGAGUCCCAGAAAGUCCUGCUGAAAGAGCGAGAAGACAAGCUUGCACUGAGUAAGAGCAUCGAGAGGCUGGAGGCUGAACUCACUCAGUGGAAAUGUAAAUAUGAGGAGCUCAGCAAGACCAAACAGGAGGCCCUCAAACAGCUGAACCUGCUGAAGGAAAUGCACCAAGAUGAACUCGGCCGCAUAUCUGAAGACUUGGAGGACGAACUGGGAGCCCGAACCAGUAUGGACAAGAAACUAGCUGAACUACGUACUGAGAUGGAGAGGCUGCAGGUGGAGAACGCUGCGGAGUGGGGGCGCCGGGAGCGCUUGGAGACGGAGAAACUUGCCCUGGAGAGGGACAACAAGAAGCUGCGAGCUCAGGCUGAAGACCUGGAGGAGCAACUGGCCAAGAAGCGCCGGCAGGCGGCCUCGGCACUCGACAUCGACCUCAAGGCCAUCCAGAGCGAGCUGUUUGAGAGAAACAAGGAGCUGGCUGACCUCCGCCAUGUCCACGCUAAGCUGAAGAAGCAGUACCAGGAGAAGACGGCCGAACUGGUCCACGCCAACCGGAGGGUGGAGAGCCACGAGGCCGAAGUCAAAAAGCUGCGACUGAGGGUGGAGGAGCUGAAGAAAGAAUUAGGCCAGGCAGAGGAUGAGUUGGAUGAGUCCCAUAACCAGACCAGGAAGCUGCAGAGGUCUCUGGAUGAGCAGGUGGAGCAGACUGAGAACCUGCAGGUGCAAUUGGAACACUUACAGUCAAGACUGCGGCGGAAGCAGCAGAGUCCUGGUCUGUUUGGGAAAAUGCGAUCAGCUCGAUUCAGUCCUGAAAACCAAGAUGGUCCGACUAGCGACGUGGACGAGGAGGAGGAGGAGCUGCAGCUCCAGAUCCCAUGAGACACACACACACACACACGCACACGCACACACACAGUGAUACAGGACAUACUUUUACACAAACGUAUAGAAGUUGGAUACUGUUGCUCUUGGGGGGAAACUUUGUAUCUCAAGAUAUGGUCACAUUUUGCUACAGAAAGCAGCUGUCAGGCCCAGCUAGUUCUUAAAGUACCAGUCCAACAUUAUGGGAGACAUUUUACCCAGAGUCAGAUCAAAAGGUCAAUAUCACUUUUACCUCUGUUUAUCCACGCGUCCUUGUUGGAUGCAAAUGUUAGCAUCGCUGCUUGCAAUAAUCAAAUUAUCAUCAAAAACAAAUGAACAAAAAAAGCAAAGCAAGCCUUGUCGAACAAAGAGACUGCAAAGAUGCCACACAAUUGUUUAUCUGGACUUUAAACAUGAAAGAGGUAACGUGACAAAUUUUCCACCAAGGAGCAAUCACACACCUACGGUAAUCCUCACAUGGAACACACACACAUUCUCAUACACACUAAGACACACACAUGCUUCGACAUACAGGCGCACAGCAACAGGCUCAGCAGGCGUUUGACAGACAUUAACAGGAUGUCCGGUAGUGUAAUGCUGAAUGAAAGGAUCUUUCUUCAACUUCCACCAAACCACUCUGGCAGAGGCCGACCUGUAUCAUCCUUUCAGUGUACUCCUUCUUACCUCAUAUCAUCACAAGCAUUGCACCUGUCGCAUCUGAACUGUGCUACUGUAUUCAAACAAGCCCCGAGCCCACAUCUACAUCACCAGUAUUAUUUCCUCAUAGCGUGUGCUGUGAACAAAAUGCUUUCCAUGUCCCCCUGAGCUUGCAAAUGUUGAUAUACCACAAGGGAAUGUCAGUCAGAAAUUUCUUCCAAAUAUCGAAGUCUAUGUCCCACGUAUUUCAAGUUCACAACCAAUGCUGGGAGCACACUACACCUAUCCACUUUUCUUCAUAGCAAAUGUGCUUAAUGCUGCCCUACUUGCAAUCUAUCAUUAGCCGAUUUUCAGUUUAAAAGCAUGCAACCUGCUCUUGAGGGCUGUGUUCAGAUUUUGGGCAUGAACGAAGAAUACAAAAGAGGCACAAAAGGCGCAAAUAGGUCUAUGCAUUUUUCUAUACCCAAGACCUGAAUCCGGCUCUUACCUUUCAGACUCGACUCAGAUGAACCCGCGUGCUACUGCCGAAUUUGAGACCUGAACCAGAGGUUUUUGUUAUUUCCUCUCCAAAGACAAAUAGGUAUAUGCUUGUUUUAGAAAGGCUUUUUACACACAUAACAAUGAAUGAAAACAAUAUGCACCACACACACAUAUAUAACAUCUACUAGCCAAUAAGCCAUAGGUUUAGUGGCAGUACACACCUGUAAUGUGAUCUAAUGUUGCACUCUUGUCUGAAGAUGACAACAGAACGUACCGUUGAAUCUCUCCGUAUUGAUCUGCCAACCCCUGCAAUGGUGUGCAUUUUAAAAAAAAAAAAAAAAAAAGAGGGAAAGGGAUGAAGUGUACAUCCUGCAGCAUUUGAGGGAAAUGUAAAGUAGAUGGAGAAAGGAGUAAAAGGCCUGUAACUGUGGGGCACUUGUGUGUGUACUAAGCCUGAUCAUUAUUUUAAUGAUGUAGUGUGUUCCCAGCAUGACUGAGGCUGCUCCUCGACAAUAAACAAAUGUAACAGUACAUAGGUAAUAUGUACGUAAAAAAAAAAAAAAAGCUUAGUAAGAGAAUGUACAACAUCCUUGUUAAACGAAGAGAUUGUGGGAUGUAAUGGAUGGCGUUGUUAGUAAAAAAAAAAAAAAAAAAUCUCUUCUUUUAUUGUUUCUUGUGAAGGAAAAUAUGCAUCUGUGAAUGUCCACUAAAGGGCCUGGUCACAUCAGCAUUUACAUCUGCUUCAUUUCCUGAGAAAGGCCUAUUCAUUCAGUCUGGGUGGAAAACGCCUCCAAAAGCAGCAUUUAGACAUCACUGAAACCCAGGCCAGUAAAUUUCCCGUAGGCUUAAUUAUCCCCGGCGCCUUUAAGACGGCCCAUGUGUUCAACAGUAGGGGGAGUUUUUGGAUAUGCUGCGUGUUGGACUGAAGAGUUUAAUUUAUUUGUACAAAACUUGGUUGGGCUAAAUCUCCCGCCUGUGAAAGAGCUCUAGAGUCUAGCACAGGCGGGGAUGGAUGCAGUUGUGAAAGCAAUAAAACAUUCAUUUAUCUUCCACCGCCGCCCACAGUCGCGCUCUGCCUCGGCCUCAACUCUGAACGCUGGAAGGGGACCAAGAUAUUUUUACCGAUCAGGAUUCUGAACUAUUUAUGUUGUCGUUGUUAUGGUUUAGUUUUUAUAAAUGAUCUGUACCACGGUGGUUUUGUAUUAGCUCUAUAAAUGUCAACUGUACAUAUAAAAGAAGCAUGAGUAA